AUGGCCCUGGAGGAGGGGGUAAGACGGCCCUGGCUCCAGACGGGGCCACAGUGGGGCCACAAGAUGGCCCUGGGGAUGGCCCUGGAGGAGGAGGAGGGAAGACGCUGCUCCAGACGGGGCCACAAGAUGGCCCUGGGGAUGGCCCUGGAGAAGGAGGAGGAGGGAAGACGCUGCUCCAGACGGGGCCACAGUGGGCCACAAAAUGGCCCUGGGGAUGGCCCUGGAGGAGGAGGAGGAGGGAAGACGCUGCUCCAGACGGGGCCACAAGAUGGCCCUGGGGAUGGCCCUGGAGGAGGAGGGGGAGGGAAGACGCUGCUCCAGACGGGGCCACAAGAUGGUCCUGGGGAUGGCCCUGGAGGAGGGGGAGGAGGAGGGAAGACGCUGCUCCAGACGGGGCCACAAGAUGGCCCUGGGGAUGGCCCUGGAGGAGGAGGAGGAGGAGGGAAGACGCUCCUCCAGACGGGGCCACAAGAACAAGGAGGACGAGGCCCAUAUUACCCGACAAGAUAA